CCCACACUAAACUCCUCUCCCUCUUUUUAUUUUGCUUAAUUCAUCAAACUUAAAACACACUAGAUUCAAAAUCAGACAGAACUGUUUUGAUCUCUCUGAAUGGAGGGUGAGAACAUGGACAUGGUGAUGAGGAACGGUGCAACUUCGGGGAAUUCAAGGUGGAAUCCGACCAAGGAGCAAAUAAGCAUGCUGGAAACUUUGUAUAAGCAAGGAAUAAGGACACCGAGUGCAGAUCAGAUUCAGCAAAUUGCGACUAGCCUCAAAGCCUACGGUCACAUCGAAGGAAAGAAUGUGUUCUACUGGUUUCAGAAUCAUAAGGCGAGACAGAGGCAGAAACAGAAGCAGGAAAAUAUGGCCUAUGUCAAUCGUUAUCUUCACAGAACUCAGCCUUUGUAUCCUCCUCCUGGCCCAAAUGUUGUUUGUGGCCCAUUUUUAAUACCACAAGGUAAUUUAGGGUUAUAUCAUCCUCAAUAUCCCGAUGCACUACUUCCGGGCGGCUUCAAGGGGAGAGCAACAACUGAUCAGAAGAUGGAGAAGACCAGAAACUGCGGCGGCUCUGGAUCUGAUGUCGUCCACCAGCAGAAGUACAACAACACAAUGCACAGGAGCAACAACAACGAGGGUCGUGGCAACAGCCACUGUGAAACCCUGUCACUUUUUCCCUUGAACCCAACGGGGGUUUUAGAGUUAAGGACUGAGAUGUCCUCUAUGGGCGCAACUUCUGCUGCAAAUUCUACAACUAGAUGCUCGUAUGAUGAGGGUGCUACUGAUGAUGAAGCUUCUGUUGUUCCACCUUUCUUUGAUUUUUUCUCAUGUCAAGAGAAGGUUGAGAGAGACUAAAGUAUGGAACGCCACAUGUGGAAUUGUAUUUUGAUAUGUGUUUCUUUAUGUUAUUAUUGUAUGACAUAUGAUGAAUUGAGUGCUUUUGUUGGGUUUCUAAAAUUCUAAUAUAUGCUCGAUAUUUAA